AUUUUCUUUUAAAUAUUUAACCCCCACAAAAAACUCGAAAAAGCUUCUCCAUUGUUCUCUCUUCCCUCCUUGAAAGACUUUCCCUCCCAUUCUCUCUUUCCCGCUUCCGACCUAGCUCCGCCUCUCUCGAGUGUCCGAAGAUGGGGAAAUACAUGAAGAAGUCAAAGAUUACCGGCGAUAUGGAAGCCACUGAAGCAACAUCUUUGGGUGUUCGCACCAGAGCUGCGGCUAAAACCCUAGCCUUGAAUAGGCUUAAUUCCUCCGCCCCCGAGUCUUCUUGCUAUCUUCAGCUCCGUAGCCGCCGUCUCGAGAAACCCCCUUCGCUGUCCGAACCGAAGCUGCCGCCGAGACAUCAUAAAUCCGGAAUUAAAGAGUCUGAUUCGAAGACUGACUCGGUUAACGCAGCCGGUUCGGGUUCUGUUUCUGCAGCCCAGAGCUGCAACGGAGACGAAUGUUUUUGUGGAGAGAACAGUCCUGAGUUUGAGACUAGACAAAGCACAAGGGAAAGCACGCCUUGUAACUUUGUUGAGGAUCUGGAGAUCAUUGUUACACCAGGGUCUAGCACAAGGUCGAUGCGUACACCAACCAGAGAUAGCACGGUCCCAAACAUUGGUGAACUGGAGGAGUUCUUUGCCUAUGCAGAGCAGCAACAGCAGAGGCUAUUCAUGGAGAAGUACAACUUCGAUAUUGUGAAUGAUACUCCUCUCACUGGACGCUACGAGUGGGUAGAAGUCAGUCCAUGAAGUUUCAAAAAGGAAGCAAGCUAUAGUGAUAUGGUGUGAAGUAAGAAUGUAAUGAUUUUAACGGUGUGUAAUCUUAAAAGUAAUAAUGUGGUUAGAGAAAAGGUUGGAAAGUAGUUUAGGGACAUGAACCUCACACCAUUUGUACUAAUCUCUUUUGAGGAAUUUAGAUGCUUAGUGAUUUUGUUUGCUCAUCUC